AUGGGCUUCCUCGCCUUCUUACAAAGGCGGCAAAGCGACAAGACGUCGCUUUCCAGCUCGCCGUCUACAAUAACCCUGCAGCGCAGCAGUACUUAUACUUUGCCGGCGGCCUCAAAAUUUCGCAGCCGAAGCGACGCAGACCUCGUGAGCCGCAACAGCACGUACCGCCAGCAAUUGGCCCACGAAACACAAGCCGAGGCUUCUGGCCCAACACCACCCCCGACGGCGGCUUCGAGCGGAGAGUCCCCGCGACCGUGGCAGAGCGAGACGAUCCCCUCUUCUAAUUCUGCCAAGCGACUGUCCUCAGCGAGCUCAUCAUACUCGGACUUAUUACUGCCACGGACGAGCACAGGGCCCGGCACACACACCUUUUCCGCCGCGGGCCGGCACGUCGAUCUUUUAGAUGCACACGGGCAGAUUGGGCCUUCGGACUUUAGAGCCAGGCUACAAGCGUCCGGCUCGCGCGAUUACGGCGAGGACGUGGCCGAGCGAAACAUUGGACAAAACGGCCUGCUUCUGGGAAGCCCGGCCGUGCAGAACUUUUACGCCACACGGUCAGCGCAGGUCGUACCGCGGCGGCAAAACACGAGCGCGUCCAAGUACCGCAAGUACGCCAAUAAAGAAAUCAUUCUUGAGGACCCAGAAGCCGAAGACGCAUACCGGCCCAGCUCCCGCGCUUCGAGUCUCCACACGGCCCGAUCGCUGCCCAUUACACGAGUUCGGGUGACGUCCAUCUUUGACAGCCCCGUGUAUACCGAGGCGCGCCGCGCCAGUGUCGCAUCCAUAGGGCUUCCAAAGCUGGAAGAGGCCAGCAGCAGUCGGAAGGAGGUGGGCGCGGAGGAGAGCGACGAUGCCUUUCCGCCGUCGAUUCCUCGCUUCCGCCGAAGCGAGGCAGAAUCGAGCGGCGAGCGUCCGUCGUCGGCUCUGGGCUCCGUCCGCCGCGCACGCCAAUCCGUGGAUGUCAUGAGCGCAUACCACAUGGGCGAACCCAUCAAGGAGGCGCCUGUGGAGAGAAUGUUUGGCGAAGAUGGCGUCAAUAAGUGGCCUGCCUCACGUAACCAAAGAAGCAGCCCGACAAGUCACCAGCAGAACCUGUCCAUCGAGAACAUGCUGCGCUGGCGACAGUCAUUCGGCGACGUGGACGAGGACCAGCGAUCCGUCGCGACGGAGCGCGCGACAGACAGCCGCGCCUCGCAAAGGCACUGUUGGUCGGUCGCGUCGACGGAGCCCACGGAGCGAUCCGACGUAUCGAGUGUCAACCUCCGCCCUGUCAGCCGCGCCACGGCGACCACGUCGGUGGACCUUCGCUCCCUGAUGGAUCUCGACGAGAGCUGCUGCAAAGCGCGGGCGAGCUACGACAUUGACCGCGCGCAGCAGGACGACGACGUGGAGAGCUGCUCCAUCACCACGGACGGAUCCGACGUCGACGCGUUUGUGGAGAAGCGCAAGCGGCGAGGCACGCCCGAAGACGAGGCCCUGCUCUUCAACGAGUCGGGCUUCUUCACCAGCGGCGGCGGCGCACUGCCCGGCCUCUUUGGCGGUGCUGCCGAGACGCAGAGGCAGCCGACCAAGCCGGCCUUGGUCUCGGACGGCAAGCGCGACAGCAACCAGACGCUCAAGGGCCACCACACUGACGCUGCUACGCAGCAGUCACUGGACAUGCUGAUCCCGCAAGACGCGCGGCCCGUGUCGCGGCUGGGGUCGCCCGUCUGCCCGGAACUGCACGACGCGGCAGCGCUCGAAGAGGAAGACCGCUGCUCGUCAAUCGCCACGCCCGAGUCCGUGUCUGGCGGCGCGUUUGUCCCGCAAAUGUACCUGACGCAGCGCCAGCGCCUCCUCGCGCUGGGCUUCGACUACGACACCGACGACGACGACGACGCCGAGCUUGCCGCGCUCGACGACAGCGCCGGCCUCGAGGGCAAGGACAAGGCGACGCAGCAACGGCGGCAGCUGAGCUCGUCGCCGCUGCCGCGCCUCAGCAUCAUCGUCGAAGCGCCGCCGGCGAGCGAGGAAGGCGAUGCUGCUGUCGCGGCUCGUCGCCGGAAGGAGGCCAAGAAGCUCACUCGCAGCGGGGGCCCCCGCGCUCGUCUCCGCCGCGUCGGCACGUCGUUGGAAGACGAGGGCGAUGGUAACCUGGCUGAUGUGGAGUAG